AUGGCUGUUCCAGAUGAUGCUACUCCCUCAAGUCUCGAAAUGGGGCUAGGACUAUACAUCGGAGAUUGUCUUGACUCCCUCCCUCCCGCAAAACGGAAUCUAGUUCGCUACUUUGCGACAGAAAUCGCGCCCCACAUGGUAGCCAUCGACGACGACUCAAACGGCUAUCGAGUCCUCGUCCUUCCAGCGGCAGAAGCAUACGGAUCAGUUCUAAAUGCUGUCCUUGCGGCUUCUGCAUAUCAUAUGUCUCAUCGAAUGGAAAGCAGCCAUCGUGCAUCACAACAAGCGCAAAGUUAUUAUACCCAAGCAAUUAACGAUCUCCGUCAUAUUCCUCCUGGAUCUGUGGGCAAUGGAAAUGAACAAAUGCUGAGUAUUUUGACAAUAUUUGUGAUGCUCAUUUCAACGAUGAUUACUGGAUGCUCGGAUUUUCCGAUCCUUUAUAAAAUGUUGACUUCCUUGUUUAAGGCAUCGAGUCAGGGGAAGAGUCAGGAUCAGGCUUAUUUGCGGGAGUUUUUGGUUAUUCAGAUGAGAAAAUUCGAGCUCUACGCGAACCCCUUUAUCGACGAAAAGCAAGUACCCGGAGAUACCGAAUACACAAAUUUCGUUACCCAGGGGCUUACCUGCUUGCGCAGGUGCGCAGAGCUCCACCCAGAACACGCAGCCAAUCUUGCGCGAACAUCAGAUCUCAUUUCCCAAGCUGGUCUGAUUUACUCACUCCGUGCCCGCAACGAACUUGCGAAAGAAAGUUCAUUCCGUCUUGUCGAGGAAUACAAGACUUCGCUCGCUCGGUUCUCGCCCACGACGGCUGGUUGGAAGGUUUUGAUAUGGGCUACUUUUAUUGUUGCUGCCGAGAGCUCUGAUACAACCCAUCGAGCUUUUCUGCUAGAAACGCUGGAAGAACAGUACCGUCGAAAUGGAUUUGGGAAUCUUCGGACAGCAAUGGAUAUGCUACGGGAUGUAUGGAAUCGGGGAGCAGAGGAAAAUUGGACGAAGAGGUUACCCCAAUGGAAAGUGUUCGUCAUGUGA